AUGAGGCCCAUUCGCAGUGCAAAAGAAGUUCUUUAUGAGCUCUUGCCGCAAAUUGAUGCUGCUGAAGUACGAAAAGCAAUGAGGUCAGAGAUCAAGCGCAUGAUAACAGAUCAUGAAAGGCUUGUCACCAUGUUGCAACAACGAUCUCAAAUGCUCGAACAUGAAAACGACGAACUUAAACUGAUCUCUUCAGAGCAUCAACGACGGUACGAAAAGGCUGUUCGUGAAAUGCAGUUUUUCAGACGCAAGUUCGACCGAGCGGUCGAAGUACACAAACAACUACAACUGUCAGCAUAUGACCCUGUCAUUGGCCCUACAGAGCUUCCACUUCCUAGCACUCCUCGCACCAAAUCGACCAUGCCUUCUCGAUCCUCAUCCACCUCAACAAGCUCAUCCGCAUCACAGUACUGGGCGAACGCAAACAAUCCAAUGGGAACAAUUCCCGGCCCGCCUUUAGAGCCUGCUCCACCCGUGCCACGACUACGGCAAAAUUCGAUUGCAACCAGCGUGCACAGUUCCCAAUCCACAAGCACAGACGGGCAAGGCACAUCAACGAAUGGUUACACAGGUGCUUCCUUGAUCCAACAACGUCGUGUCGAUCCUCUUAUUUUCGGUGGCUCAGACGGCUUGUGGGAGACAAUCGCAAAAUCCAAGGGCAGUGAUGUUACCGUAGAGAAAAUUAUCAGCAAUUUCUUGCGUCGAGGCGGGUCACCAAACACAUCCAAACAAUCACCCUCAGCCAAUGCAGUCAAGUACGGUUAUGGCAUGAUUCACGCACUGAUCGUCACGAAAGCGCCGGGUUCCUUGGAUUUGCUUUUGCAGCAAGGGGCUAAUCCAAAUGUCAUGACUCUAAGUCAAAUCGAAGAUGAGAAGGUGACACCUUGCUAUCUUGCUGCAAGUGUUGGCUGGCUUAUAGGUCUGCAGAAGCUGGUUCAAGCAGGCGGAGAUCUCAUGGCUGCCCGUGGAGCAGGUGUCAAAAACAAGACUGUGCUUCAUGUUGCUGCUGAGCACUGCCAUGCUGCUGUUGUCGAAUAUAUUGUGAAUGUGACACAAGGAGGCUUGAAUCUGGAAGAGGACAGCAACGGUGCGACGGUGUUGCAUUAUGCAUGCGCAUCAGGUCAUACAGACUUGGUCUCCUUUUUGGCGCGCUCGUGCCAAAUUCCCGUGAAUCAGCCUGAUCACCGUGGCGAGUUACCUCUCCAUUGGGCUGCGCGUCAUGGACGUCUGGAAGUGGUCACUCUGCUCGUAGAACGGUGUGGCUGCGAUUUCAAUUCUUACGUUCCACGCAAAGUCGGUACAACACUCGAUUUGGCCAAGGCCGGUGGACAACGACGUCUAGUAGAUUAUCUGAAGGGACUCGGUGCACUAACUGCGAAAAAGAUGGAUAAGCGUCGAGAAGAAGAAUUGGCUCGAGAAGUGCCCGGACAUCUGGAGUCUACCUUGACCAGGAACGGAUUUUUCGGCGAGGACAUUUAAUAAAGUCUGUGUGAUGGACAGACAAGCCAAGAAAACGAAGAAAGCAGCAAUAAUGCUAACAGUAACAACAGCAACAAAACAAAAGAUCGACAAACAAUUCAGAUAGAAUAAGGAGCAAGCAAGCAAGCCAAAAUUUUAAGGAGUGUGCAAACGAAGAUCAGUUACUCGUCUCUGCCUCUCUUUGUCCCCAAAAGAACAAGAAAAAGGGAACAUUAACUCUGCUUAUUGCUUGGACAGCAACGAUUCUCUUCUCUUGCUCCUUAUUCCUAUUUAUUACUUCUAUUAUUACAAUUACAAUUACUAUUAUUCCACCUCAUACAUUAUCAGCCAUACCUCGUAGUUUAUAUCUUCUUUCUUUCUUGAUCCCACUACUACCACUACAAGCAUUUCCUUUCAGCACUAUGAACUGUUCCUGACUUGUGCUUUUUCGACCUCGUGUCUCAAGUUAAUAAUAAAACUGACGAUAAUGCAAAGUGUG